AUGAGAGUUAGUGCCUCAACUUCUCGAGCCAAUGAAAGCUCUCCAGAAAGAGAGAUGCGACUAGCAGCUGACAGAGUGAGACAAGCUACAUCACGGGCGUCUCAAAGUUCUUCUCAACGAGAGCUAAGGCUUACCAUUGACCGAGAACAACAUGUGUUAUCCCGAGAAGCUGAAACUGCUUCACAGCGAGAAUUGCGGAUCACAGCUGACCGCGAACGGCAUACAUUAUCUCGCGAGUCCGAAACCUACACUGAACGGGAAUUACGUCUCACAGCUGACCGCGAACGGCAUACAUUAUCUCGCGAGUCCGAAACCUACACUGAGAGGGAAUUAAGUACGUCUCAUAGCUGA